AUGGUAUUCGACUCCUACAACAUCAGCCUCAUGGCUCAGCUGCGCCAGCAGCUGAGUGUGCUGUCCGGCAACAUCCGUGCUCUGGCGGACGUGGGAGGUCGCGAGUUGUUGUCUGUCGCUUACUCCAGUCAGACCAUGAAGUCGCCAACACAUGUCAAAAGCAAUCAUUUAUGUCAUCGUCUGCGGAGCAUCAUUCGCCACCACCAAGCUAUCAUCAGGAACGUUGAGUCGCUGGAGGAGUGCUUGGGAAGCAUGCUGUUAGGGCAAAGCCUGUCCAUCGGGGCCUCCAUCUGCUUCCAGCUGUUCCAGGUUGCCACGAGUGCUGAAAGCCUGGCAGAGGCCGGCAAGUUCGGCUGCUACCUGUCCGUCAUGCUGGCUCAGCUCUUCGUCUACUGCUGGUUCGGAGACGACCUCAUCACAGAGAGCGAGAAAGUCAGCGCGGCGGUCUACUCAACAGUGACGUCACUCGAAGGGUGCCCCGUGUCUCUGAAGCGGUCACUCCUGCUAAUGAUGACGCGUGCGCAGCGCCCACUCCAUGUUACGGCUGGCGGCUUCUUCGAUCUGUCCAGGGAAUCCUUUGUUAAUGUUUUAAAUGUGUCUUACUCAUUCUUUGCCAUUCUUCGGAAUUUCAAGGAAGAAUAG